AUGAAGAAGCGGUACGUGGCGCUGGGCCUGGCAGCUGUUGUCGUGGUUGUCCUCGUCAUUGUCCUGUGCGUCUUGCUGUCCUCGAAGCACCCCAGCCACGUGUACUCCAGGGCAGCCGUGGCUACGGACGCCAAACGCUGCUCAGAGAUUGGGAGGGACACCCUGCAGGACGGCGGCUCGGCGGUGGACGCGGCCAUUGCGGCCCUGCUGUGCGUGGGGCUCAUGAAUGCUCACAGCAUGGGCAUCGGGGGCGGCCUGUUCCUUACUAUCUACAACAGCACCACAAAAAAAGCUGAGAUCAUUAACGCCCGGGAGGUGGCCCCCGCGCAGGCUUCCACCCACAUGUUCAACAGCUCGGAACAGUCACGGGAAGGGGGGCUGUCGGUGGCGGUUCCGGGAGAGGUCCGAGGCUAUGAGCUCGCUCACCAGAGGCACGGCCGGCUGCCCUGGGCCCGCCUCUUCCAGCCCAGCAUCCAGCUGGCCCGGGAGGGCUUCCCAGUGGGGAAGGGCCUGGCUGCAGCCCUAGAGCAAAGCCAGGACGCCAUCAAGCGCCACCCUGCCCUGUGCGAGGUGUUUUGCCGGGACGGGAAGGUGCUACAGGAGGGGGAACGAGUGGUCAUGCCCAAGCUGGCCCACACAUACGAGACACUGGCCCGAGAGGGCGCCCAGGCCUUCUACAACGGGAGCCUCACGGCCCAGAUUGUCCGGGACAUCGAGGCCGCGGGAGGCAUCGUGACGGCCAAGGACCUCAACAACUACCGUGCCGAGCUGAUCAAGCAACCGCUGAACAUCAGCCUGGGGGACGCUGUGCUCUACGCACCCAGCGCCCCGCUCAGCGGGCCCGUGCUGGCUCUCAUCCUUAAUAUCCUAAAGGGGUACAACUUCUCCCGGGCAAGUGUGGAGACCCCCGAGGAGAAGGGCUUGACAUACCACCGGAUCGUGGAGGCUUUCCGCUUCGCCUAUGCCAAGAGGACCCUGCUUGGGGACCCCAAGUUUGUCAGUGUCACUAAGGUUAUCCAGAACAUGACCUCAGAAUUCUUCGCUGCCCAGCUCCGGGCGCGCAUCUCCGACGACACCACGUACCCUGUCUCCUACUACGAGCCCGAAUUCUAUACUCCCAACGACGGGGGCACCGCACACCUGUCUGUCGUCUCCGAGGACGGCAGCGCAGUGUCCGCCACCAGCACCAUCAACCUCUACUUCGGCUCCAAGGUGCGCUCUACGGCCAGCGGCAUCGUAUUCAACGACGAGAUGGACGACUUCAGCUCGCCUGACAUCACCAAUCAGUUUGGGGUGCCCCCCUCACCAGCCAACUUCAUCCAGCCAGGGAAGCAGCCGCUCUCGUCCAUGUGCCCGGCCAUCAUCGUGGGCCGCGACCACCAGGUCCGCAUGGUGGUGGGCGCCUCCGGCGGUACGCAGAUCACCACCGCCACCGCGCUGGCCAUCAUCCACAGCCUGUGGUUCGGCUAUGACGUGAAGCGGGCCGUGGAGGAACCGCGGCUCCACAACCAGCUGCUGCCCAACACGACGACGCUGGAGAGAAGCAUGGACCAAGCGGUGAGUGCAGCCCUGCGGACAAGGCACCAUCACACCGAGUUCUCUCGCACCUUCAUCGCAGUGGUGCAGGCCAUUGUCCGCACGGCCAGCGGCUGGGCUGCUGCCUCGGACUCACGGAAGGGCGGGGAGCCUGCCGGCUACUGA